AUGGCGAACUUCGUUACCCAGAGAUAUGUCGCCCAAGGAUCUGGACUUACGUUGGUAUUGUCAUUUUGGCUGGCUAUUCGUGAGAUCAGCAUUUUGGCCUCCAUCGCCUCUAAAACUUCUCGGCCGGAUAUGGAGCGCCCAUCCUUUGCAGAGGUUGCUGCGAUGCCCCCUCCGCCAACAAAGCAGUCUCCCGCUACGCACGUUGACAAUGCUCCUGACAACUCUAUUCCUAUGAGAGCUGAGGAAGCCUCAAAUGGUCCUUCAGAGAUAGCUCCUAACGAGCCUCCUCAGAAUAUACAUCAGGAGGAUCCCGAAAACAUAGAAAACCUGAAUAAAUCAGUUCAAAGUUUCCGUAUACAUCUGGAGAAGGAUGAUGGUGAUGCACAUUCGGAAACUGGCGAUGGCCGGGAUGACGUCGGAAUUAAGCCUGAGGGAGCCUUUGAAGACGAUCAAACCUACCUAUCGAACUCUUCUACAAAGCCUACGAGUUUUGACUCGAAGAGCAUGGCAUCUGUUACCACCUUUGCGAUGGAUGAAAAAGAGUCAUUGCGCCCAGAUGAUAGCGCUAGUGUACAAGCAGCAGAAGAGGAUGAUUUAUUCUCAGGACCUGCUUCAGAUGCUCCCAAUUCCCAAGUCGGUUCUGAAGCUAGUGGACGCCUGUAUCGGUUGUCUGACCAAGGAGUUUCUGAGCGUUUUCCUAAUAGAACACGACUCAAUAAUACGGGCCUCACUGAAAUAAUCUCCCCAAACGGCAAAACCGAACAGGUUCUCCAUAGUUUUCCUAAUGAACCGGAUGAGAAGCUGCUUGAAGCGAUGAUUUCUCCUAAAGAUCGGUUAUUGAUACUUCAACUAGAAGAGAAAAUUAUCGCAUUCAUCAAGGACUCCGCUGAACAAUCUUUGGAACUGCCUCCUUGCAACGCUUUUGGGCGACUUCUCGCGCACAAGUUGGGCGAUUAUUAUCAUCUAACUCACUUUGUCGACAAUAAUGUGACAUCCGUUCGACUUCACAGAACACCAUGGUGCAGACUGCCAACUCCGCUAAGCAUGCUCCAACCACCCAAUGCAAACAAAACCCCACCUCCAAAUGCCCCAGCGAUGAAAAUUAUGCGUCGCUCUGGUCAAACAGGAGGGGGCAUGUCGGGUGCUGGGAGCACGGCACCUAGCUCUUCAGCUCCUUCGAAAGCUACGUCGGAAGCCGGUGCAGAUGGUAACGAGGAAGGAGCGGGAUCAUCGCUUGGAGCCACUCCCGCAAAAGACCGGGCAACAAUGAGUCGAGAGGAACGUGAAGCAAAAUACCAAGAAGCCCGAGAGCGCAUAUUCAGGGAUUUCCCAGAAUCUAAGACUUCCGACAAUUCAAACAAUGGAGAUCAGAGUGCGAAUAUCUCACGGUCCAACUCGCGGAAUGGCAAACGAAAAGGCCACAAACAGAGAACCCCUCAUGACGACAGUUUUGAAGCAAGGUCCCAGUUCAACGCAUACUAUCCAGGAGCACCAUACUCAAGUGCACCUCUACCAUUUAACGGAGUUAUGCCAGAUGGAUCAUUCGGUGCACAGAGCCAUUACUAUGUGUCGGCCUCCUCGCUACCACCAUCGGCAAAUUUCCCUCAUGACAACAACCAUGUUACUCCAGCGUAUCAACCACCUGGUGGGAAUGUAGUUCCUGCACCUCAAUACCCAGUUAAUGCCCCGCCACACAUGAAUCAAAAUAAUUGGCAUCCCGGACACUUGCAGCCAUCCCCUCCAUACGCUGGAUUUUCCCCGGUCAACCAAAUGCCGCCAAUGGUUCCUCAACAGGCCUCAACCAGAUCCUCGCCGGGAAUAGGUUCAUAUGCACUUCCCAACACGGUUCCAUUCCAGCAACAAAACACCUCUACGUGGAACCAACCGCAAUACCCAACCCCAUAUUCCCCACAAUCCACCCAACGUAGUUCGUCUGCAACUCUCUGGCCAAAUUACCCCCAACACUCAAUAAAUUCGGGUCAGGUGACUUUCCCUUACAAUCAAAUGCAAAACCAACGGUUCCCGCCCGGCAAUCAAAAUAAUUCAACACAGCAUCCUUUUCCAGGAAGUUUCUCCCGUUCAACCUUCAACCCCCAAACAAGAUCCUUUGUUCCUGGAGGCAAUUCUCAAUCUCGAUUUACCGGAAACCCGCCACCAACAAUGAACCCGCCCUACAUGAACUCGCCUCCUCAAUACUCCACUCCACCUUCAUGGACAGGCAACCAGGACCAACCUCACCACCCAUCGACGAACUAUCCCCCAACAAACCAAUUGAACUCCCAAUCUAACAUGAAGACCUCUGCACCCCCUCCCGCCAUGGUUCACUCACCUAUUCACGGCCCCUCUUCCGGCCCUCACGACUCAAUAGCGAAAUGGGGUACUCCAGCCCAUCUCCCGCCAAAACCACCGCCGUCUCAAGUACCUUAUGAUUUCGAUCUCAAAAACAAAAAUUCCGCGUUACCUCUCCAGUCAUCAUUUACUAACCCACCCCCUUCUCUCCCCAAGCAGAGUGGUCCUCUUGUCGUAUCCAGCGGGAUUUCCCACCAGAGACCCCGUGGCAAUAUGACCACUGGUGUAUAA